AUACUAAAGUGACGUGUAAGACACGAAAACAAGUGAAGAUGGACGGAUUUAUGAUGGAUAUCAUCAAGGGCAUGUGCAUCAUGGACAACGAUGGCAACCGCAUCCUGGCCAAGUACUACGACAAGAACAUCCUGUCCACGUUGAAGGAGCAGAAGGCCUUCGAAAAGAAUCUGUUCAAUAAGACGCACCGCUCCAACACGGAGAUCAUUAUGCUGGACGGACUCACCUGCGUGUACAAGAGCAACGUGGACCUCUUCUUCUACGUGAUGGGCAACGCCUACGAGAACGAGCUCAUCCUGCUGUCCGUGCUCAACUGCCUCUACGAUUCCAUUAGCCUGAUCCUCAAGAAGAACGUUGAGAAGCGCCUGGUGCUGGAAAACCUGGAGAUCAUCAUGCUGGCAUUUGACGAGAUCUGCGACGGAGGCAUUAUUCUGGAUGCGGAUCCCUCGUCGGUGGUGAAACGCGUUGAUCUGCGCAACGAUGACAUUCCCAUUGCCGAACAGACCGUUGCCCAGGUAACUAACACCCUUAAUGGUCUAUUUUGGUAGUCUAACUACUUGGUAGCUCUUCUAAGUGUUUAUAACUCAAUGGUAGCCGUUUGUACUUUAAUUUUGUCUGGUUUCGUUUCGCAAUUUGAUACCCUGCAGUCAAAUAUAUUCUCAUUUAGUUUUACCCGCCCUAUGAACAAAUAAUUAGGCUCUUUGUUUUUCAAGACUAUAUGUAGUUAGUAACUGAGUUAAUAUAAGUUUACAAGCUUUACACAUUUGCCUAGAUUUAUUUGUUAUUCGCAUUUUUGUUUAAUUACGAUCUAUUUUCAGUUUCAACAAAAGUGUUUAAAUGUUGUAAAAUUGUACCUAUUUUAAUGAAUGCUUCCAGAUAAUAUUACUUAUUACAAUUUAAAGUAGUUGUGUCGGCGUAAAUUUCUUUUUACCUUUUGUACAUGUUACCGAAUUUCGAUUACUUUUCCCCAUAUCGCCCCAUUCAUUGUACUCCGAGAAUGUUCAAAAUAAAAUUGGUGAAAAUGUUCUGG